UUUUAUUUGAAAACAACAACAACAACAAACAGACAAUCAUAAAAUCAUACUUUCUAAGUACAUCUGGGCGGACAAUCGUGUUAAAGAGAUCCGCAAUGUUGGUAUAAAAAGAGGGUCGCCGACCGUGUUUGUCGCAUCGACUGCAGAGGACUUCGGGCUUAUCGGUCGAAUAGUCCAUAGGAGAAAUGUCUUCUGCAUUUUAUUUUGCUCUCCUCGUCGGAGUUGGUAUCCUAGCAACGCGUGGUGUCACGUGCUUCACGAAUAAGGAUUUCCUCGAUAUGGCGAUCGAAUAUGGCGCUGAAAUUCAAAAAGAGGAUUCCUUACACGACGUAAACCAGAAUAAUGAUGACGUCAUUGAUCUACCUGGCGAUCAAGAUGAUGAACUUGACGUUGAAUUCUUGAUAAAAAAGUUUGUAAUCACUUUCUCCGAAAAUGGUUCAGAUAUCUACCUCGGGAACCUUGGUUCCGGGUGUAGCUGCCGUAGAUACACGUGCAAUUGCUGUGUGCGACACACCUACAGAGCGAAGAUCUUCUGGAAACGUGUUAGCUUCACAUUCAAUGGAUGCGUGAGCGUGCGGUACCUGCCCCAAAAUUUUGGUAUCCGUCUCACGAUAACGUUCAACGGACGCAUCCUGUACAACCGAGAGGUAUCGCUUCGCCAUCCACCGCAUCUGUGUUUCGGAGUCCCAGGUCUUCGAGGAUUCGCCCGCAUCUGCCUCCAGAUCUACAACGUCAACUUUGCUCAGAAAAGUCUCUGCGCUCGACUCGUUGGAACUAUAGACCUCAAGCUAAAGAAAUGGUCAGUUCAUCUCAACCUCGGGUGUUUCCGUAUUCCGAUCCUUGCCGAAGAUCACAUCACCGCUUUGGUGGGCAAUGCCGAUUCCAGGAAGUUGACCUUUGAACCCUUUCCUCAGAACGCUCCAGAUGCCGACGUGAACGAACUAACCGAACUGUUCCGUGCUCUGCGUGGACUAGACGAAGACUACUAGAUGCUGAAAUGCUGAAAGAAAUCGAACAAAUCUACACUUUGAAUGCAAUAUACUGUUGUAUCAAUUCUUCUCUUCUGUUUGUAUUUCCUAUAUCUUUGCAAGUGAUAUCUUGUUAGCAUAUAUGGGUUAAGCCAAAUUACAACAUAUCAGUUCUGUAAAACUAAGAUACGAACUUAUCUAAAAAUUAUCAUGAUGUGUACAAGUACACAAUACAAACCUAAUAUGUGUAUUGACCAUGAAAUCUAACUGUUUAGUGUGUAACUAAUUGCAUACAAUAAUUGUUGGUGAAUGUAAUAUUUUUCAUCGUGCUAAAUGUCAAUAUGUCCAUCACUUUUGUAUGUGUUUGUGUCUGUUAUUUCUUCAAGACAAAUUAUAUUAAAACUGUCCUUCAUAUUUUA